UUUCAAAGAGUCACUUCGUGAAGUUGUUCUGGUAUAACCACAGAAUUUUUAUAUAUUUAUAGUAUUUUCUUCAAUAAUGUACAUUUAGACAAUCAAUUUUAUUCAUGCAUUGAUAUUGAUUGAUAAAUAUAUUGACUAUAAUAUAAUAAUACAUAUUAUUUUUAAUUUAUUCAAAAUUUAUAAUGGCUACGACCAAUUACUUAACGGUAAAAACGCAUUUAUCAGAAUUUAAAACAGACAAAGAUGCAUUAAGUGAGGCGUCAGAAAGCGGUACAAGUAACUCGGUGACGUCAGCGGAAGACCUACAAAAAUUAGCCGUAAUACUCGGUUUGAAUAGUGCCGAGGAUGUCUACCAAGAGAGAUUUCGAGUUGACAGACGACGCCUUGAGGCUAUGUUGGGUGAUAACCUCGAGGAAUCACAAACAGCGCAAGCAUUCUUUCAUCGGGUAAUGAAUGAAACGAACACUUUAAUAAAUUGGCCUGCACGCUUGAAAAUCGGAGCUCGCUCUAAAAAAGAUCCUCACGUGAGAGUCGCUGGUCGACCUGAUGAUGUGAAAUUGGCUCGUGAAAAAAUUAUGCAGUUACUGGACACAAGGAGUAAUCGUGUUACAAUGAAAAUCGACGUCAGCUACACGGACCAUUCGCACAUAAUCGGCAAGGGUGGUUUGACGAUAAAACGCGUCAUGGAAGAGACGGGCUGCCACAUUCACUUCCCGGACUCGAACAGGACCAGCACCGUGGAGAAGAGUAACCAGGUCUCCAUCGCAGGUGAUAUGGAAAGAGUCGAACGAGCCAGGGCAAGGGUUCGAGCGCUAACCCCACUAGUAUUCAGCUUUGAGCUUCCGAUAGUGUCGGCUUCACAACCGCUGCCGGACAUUAACUCGCCCUACGUACAUCAGAUACAAGAACAGUAUAACGUUCAGGUGAUGAUCCGUAACCGUCCGAAGCUCCACGCCAACCUGCUGGUGGUGAAGGGAGUCCAGUGGGAAGUGCAGGCCACCAUGGAGGCCACCAAACUACUCAUGAACUACAUGUGCGGACCACUCGCUAGCCAAACCCUGGUCCAGAUGUCACUGGAAAUAUCUCCGAUGCACCACGCCGUGGUGGUAGGUCGGGGUGCUGAGCAGCUGAAGGUCAUCAUGAAGGGCAGCGGGACGCAGAUAAUGUUCCCGGACGCGGACGACCCCAACAUUCCGCCCCUCAAAAAGAGCUGCGUCACUAUCACCGGACAGAUCCAAGACGUGUACACGGCCAGGCAACAACUUGUGGGCAGCCUGCCGCUGGUGGUGAUCUUCGAUGUGUCUGACGAGGCGUGUCGCGUGGACAACGACGCCGCCAACAAGCUGAUGCAGAAACACAACGUCUACAUCAACAUCAGACGCAAGCCUAAGCAGGGGAUCGCUUCCGUCGUCAUCAAGGGGAUAGAGAGAUGCGCGGGCGACAUCUAUGAAGCCCGCCGCGAGCUACUGGGCGGGAAGGAGCCGGUCAUCGCAGCGGAGAUACCGGAGUCGUACAACAUUCCGUCGCUGGGCAGCACCAUGCCCAACUUCGGGCCGUUCAGUCCGUUCUCGGCGCACGCGUCGCCCUACAGCCCCGAGUGCGGCGGUGCGGCGGGGCCCGCGCCCUACACGCCCGAGUACGGCGCCGUGGUGUCGCCCGGCGCGUGGCUGCUCAGCCCCCCGGCGAGGGCGGCGCACUUCCACUACCCCGCGCUGGGACCGACCCUACAGCUGCCGUCACAGAACUCCGUCGUGUACAAGAAUCAAACUUGGAACCCGCUGUCUAACAACAACGAAAUAAGUGGACUGCCACAAACGAUGUUAAUGCAGCAACCCUACCAGCAAGCGCCGGCUGAAAACCGACCCAGCACGCUGAGCCAACUGCUGAACUCGAGCUCGCAGGCGAGCAGCGGCUACCAGAGCAACUUCACCGGCAGCUGCGUCUCCCUUGACGCGCACAACAUGUCCGGAGGCGAAGGCAGUAACGUCGGCUCCCCCUCAGUGUCCCCCAUCAGCAAGACUCACAGCCCCGCGCACGCCGACGCCGAACGAUCCCAAGAGUUGGCUAGUAUAAUAUCGGACAUACCGCUGUCCGAGCGGCGCGCUGUGGGCUGCGAGAAGAAGACGCUGGAGACUCUCAACAAGCUGUCGCCCCUCACCGAGUACAGGAAGAUGAAGCAGGAAGCCACUAAGGCGAUGCGGGAGAGCGUGUGCGGCGGCGGGUACCGGGUGCCCACGCCGCGCUGGGCCGGCUACUACUUCAGCCACACGUCGCCGGGGCCCAUCAACCUGCACGAUAACGAAGGAAUCACUUCGCCGGAGAAGGCGUGGAGCAGACCCGACCUGGUCCGGCCCAACAUCGCGGAGAGCGCGCCGCACAAGCCGUGCCGCUACAAGCAGCUGUACGAGCUGCUGCGAGACGUCGGACUGCACAAGUACAUCGACAUGUUCAAGAAACACGAAGUGGACAUCUGCACGUUUGCGUCACUGAACGAGGCCGACCUGUCCGAGCUGGGAGUGACGGCGUUCGGCGCGCGACGGAAGAUGCUGCUCCUCAUAUCCGAGCUUCAAAAACAGUCCAAAACAAUGAAGGGCCCCGUCGCUCCCGGCGCCGAUCGGAAACUCGUUAGCUCGCCGCCGCAGUACAACACGACCGCCCUCUCUCAGGACAAGUGGUAAACAGCAUUUAGAGGGACGUUUAAAAAAAAAGCCACACCAAUACAAUAAUAUAUUAAUCACCAGACAAAAAAUUCGUUCGAUGCUAAAAUCAUUUACAAAAUUAGACUAUUUUCAAUAUUAUCGUUUUUUAACCAACACACAGAAUCGUAAUAAUAUCAUAUAUGAUUUAUCUGAUGCGAAUGAGAUGCGUUAAACGCGAAGACUGAUCAUGAUCAAGCUCGAGACUGAUUCAAAGACUAAUCGUUUAUAAGUGCAUUAUUAUUGUUUAAUAUUAAGUGAAGCUUUUGAAUAUUGUACUGUUUUAUAUUAAAUGAUCAAUUAAAUCAAAUCGAUUCUGGUAUCGGAAAUCGCAGAGUCGCAAGAAUAGAACUAGCGGAAGCCGCGGUCGGUUUUGUUAGGAAUGCUCUAGAAGCAUUUAUAAUAAACGAACUUGCUUAUGACGCGGAACCCAGACGAAGUACUAAUUAUCGCGUACUCUAAAUAAGCACCUACAAGUGUGCGUUUAAGUUGAUUUUAAGAGAUUUUAUUAAAUUAAAUAUCUAGUUUGUGUGUGUAUGUACUUUUAUUAUUUUUUAUUAGCUAAAAGCGAUACGACGAUUCUGAUCUCCGCCACAGACAAUUGUUGAAGUAAACCGAUUAAUUUUCGUAAAUUUUUUUUUUAAUUUUAAUUUUUAAUCGUAGUCGAGGAGAGCAUGUUUUAUUUUUUUGAUUUUAUCUUACCGCGUCUACUACUAGAUCUUUUAUCCAAGUUAAUUCCGACUAAAUAUUAUAUUUAUAUACUUAAUGAUUAUCAUGAAUAUUUACAUCGUUUUAAAACUUGAUUAUGUGUUUUUUUUUGUUUGUUUUUUAUAUUAAAAAAGGGAAUGUCAGAUUGUUUAUCGAGCCGAUUAUAAAGUUCCUUUUAAUAACAUAUUUUUUGGAAUAUGAUUUUCUAAGGAUACGAACGCUAUCGCCGCGAGCAGCGUGUAAUUGGGGACGACCACUUGAUUGAACGCGACGCGAAAUGUUCACGUGAACAUUGAAUCAUUAUUAAGAUGACACUCGUGAAUUAAUGUCAUGACCAUGACGACGCAUGGAGAGGAAUUGUUGUUAGUGGAUCGUUCUCAACUAUCGGAUCGUUGGCGGAUCGAUAUCGCAUCAAAUUCGGACAACCGUUGCAUUUGACUUGAUUUGAUUUUUGAAUGGGACUAAUUACGAAAACUACCCUCGUUCUGUGGCCGCGGUGACUUCGCCAUUAAUUGCGGCGAGUCAUCUCGAGCCGUAAACAAUUUUAAUCAGUUAACAUUUUUAAAUUAUUCCUGUAAUCGUUUUGUGUACGUGAUUUAUGAAUUUUCGUUUAAUUUCUUUUUUCAUAGUUUUUGUUUUUAUUUUUUUAAUUAUUAUCAUCAUUAUUAUUAUUAAUAGUUUUUAUUGCACUUUGGAUGUUUAACCUUAUUAACAUGCUAAUACAAUGAAUGCUCACGUAUGUUUUACAAGGUUUUUAUACAAUGCAUUUUUUUUUAUUUGAGGGUACUAAAGUUUUGAUACAUGAAACAUUGAGUUUACGCAUGUAAUGAUUCCCUUAAUUUUAUAUUUCAGUAUAAUUUUAAUGAGCUUUCAACAAAUUCGAGCACCAAGGUUUUAUGUAUCAAUUCGUUUGCUCUAAACUUUUUAAUUGUAACCUAAGAGAAAUAUUCGUUUUAAUUAUGAACUUGUGAUUAAAUCUUUUAGUAGGAUGAUUAUCAGAAUGAACAAACAGACUUGAUGUUUUAAAUUAUGAAAUGAAUACCUUAUUAUAUGUUAAGUUAAUGAGUUAGAUUGUAGAUGCAUUUCCCAGUUUUCGGUUGUUGUACGUUUUUUUUUUUUUAAAUUUCCUAAAGGUGUUCAUAGUUUUGCACGAUUUUUUUUUUCUUUUGCUUGUACCUACAAAAUAAACUUGUGUCCAUAUUGAUAA